AUGCCGAGUAAGAGGAAGGCCACAACAAUGGUCAAGGAUGAGUCGGCAGAGGGGAGGAAGAGUGUCAAAAGACAAGCCUCGGGCAUGGUGGAGGGUUCGGAAUCUGGAUCUGGAUCUGGUUAUGUAUGCGGUUCGGCUAUGGAUUUUGCUGAAGAAGAGGAAGUUAAGAUGGUUUCGGAGAAUGAGACUACGAAUACAUUGCCUGCUCCUGACAAGAAAAAGAAUCCGAGGAGUAAGAAACGGAAAGAGGGGGAAGGGGAGUGCCGGUUCAUUGGCGAUCCGGUUCCCAAGGAAGAAGCGGCCCAGCGCUGGCCUCACCGCUACGUUUCCAAGGCUGAGGAUGGGCAAGAUAAUUUCAUUUGUAAGAUCGUCGAGAUUUUUGAAGCAGUUGAUGGCUCACCUAAUUUUACUGCUCAAUGGUAUUACAGGGCAAAGGAUACGGUCAUAGGAUGUUGUCAUAACCUUAUUGAUGACAAACGCGUAUUCUUUUCUGAAAUCAAGGAUGAUAAUCCUCUUGAUUGCCUUGUGAAAAAACUUGAAAUUGUUCUUCUACCAUUAAAAGGGAAAUUGGAUAUCAAGGAAAGGGUUAGAUUGAAGUGUGACUAUUACUAUGAUCAGAUGUACUUGCUGCCGUAUUGUUCUUUUGUAGGAUUAGGACCUGACAGUGCUGCGGCUACUUGUGAAUCUGGUUCCACCAUUUCCAGUGACGCUGAUGUUGCUGGAACAGCAAAUUGUUGUGAUAGUUCUGAAGUAGAAAAGUCUAGCAGUGAGAGAACACUUCUGGACUUGUAUGCUGGUUGUGGUGCUAUGUCUACCGGGCUUUGCCUUGGUGCCAAUAGCUGUGGUGUGAAGCUCGUCACUAAAUGGGCUGUUGAUAUUAACAAAUUUGCGUGUGAAAGCCUGAAGCUAAAUCAUCCAGAGACAGAGGUGAGAAAUGAAUCUGCGGAGGAUUUCUUAUGCCUGCUAAAGGAAUGGGAUAAACUUUGUACCUCCUAUUUAUCGACUACUGAAAGCAAAGGCUCAACACAAAAAGAGGAUGAAGUUGACAGUGAUACUAAAGAAGAUGGGAAUGAUGGAGAUGAUGGUGAAAUCUAUGAAGUAGAAGAAAUUUUGACAAUCUGUUAUGGCGAUCCAAACGAAAUUAAAAAGCCUGCAUUGCACUUCAAGAUUCGAUGGAAAGGAUAUGGAUCUGAUGAAGACACAUGGGAGCCAUUAGAUGGUUUGAGCGGGUGCGAAGAGAAGCUAAAGGAAUUUGUCUCAAGGGGCUACAAAUCAAAGAUCUUGCCUUUGCCGGAGACAGUUGAUGUUAUAUGUGGAGGUCCUCCAUGCCAAGGGGUUAGUGGAUUCAACCGCUUCAGGAAUCGUGAAAACCCUUUAAAGGAUGAGAAGAACAAACAGCUUAUUGUAUUCAUGGAUAUAGUAGCCUUCUUGAAGCCAAGGUUUGUGCUGAUGGAAAAUGUGGUUGACAUUGUUAAGUUUUCUGGUGGCUUCCUUGGAAGAUAUGCUCUUGGUCGACUCGUUGGCUUGGAUUAUCAAGCAAGAAUGGGAAUUAUGGCAGCUGGUGCUUAUGGGCUCCCGCAAUUCCGCUUGCGUGUCUUCAUGUGGGCCGCCCUUACAAAUGAGAAGUUGCCCAUGUACCCAUUACCUACACAUGAUGUUGUUACCAGGGGUGGCAGUCCAACAGAAUUUGAGAUGAAUGUGGUUGCGUACGACGGAAGCAAUAAUGUUGAACUCGAAAAGAAACUUUUUCUUGGAGAUGCCAUUUCCGAUCUCCCUCCGGUGGACAACGAUGAGCAACAUGAUAUAAUGCCUUAUGGUUCAGAGCCUAAAACUGAAUUUCAGCGUUUCAUUAGAUUAAGGAAGGAUGAGAUGCCAGGCUGCUUGAAGUUCAACUUGGAAUUCUCACCACAUGAAUUAUAUGAUCACCAACCCUUGCAAUUAAAUGUAGAUGAUUAUCAGCGUGUAUGUCAAAUUCCAAAGAAGAAGGGUGCAAAUUUUAGGAAUCUGCCCGGGGUACGAGUUCGUCCAGACAACAAAGUCGAAUGGGAUCCAGAUGUAGAAAGAGUAAAGUUGGCUUCAGGGAAGCCUUUGGUUCCUGAUUAUGCAAUGAGUUUCAUGGGUGGUAGUUCAAUCAAGCCAUUUGGUCGGCUUUGGUGGGACGAGACUGUUCCGACUGUUGUAACACGGGCAGAACCUCAUAACCAGAUUAUAUUACAUCCAACUCAAGAUAGAGUUCUUACUAUUCGUGAAAAUGCCCGCCUCCAGGGCUUUCCAGAUUAUUAUAAACUUGUUGGCCCUAUAAAAGAAAGAUACAUUCAAGUUGGGAAUGCAGUUGCUGUGCCAGUUGCGCGUGCAUUAGGUCAUUCAUUGGCUUUGGCAUUAAAAGGGUUCUCAGAAAAUGAGCCCUUAUUUACUCUGCCAAAGGAAUUUCCAAGAAAUUCAGACGUUCCUGCCCCAGAAAUUUUAUAG